CUAAAAAGAGACACUAUAGUAGUUCCUGCAACUUCACAGCAGCAUUUGAAUUGGACCAAGCCACCAGCAGAGACAGUUAAGAGCCAUGGCUUCUCUGCGGUUUCCCCUUUUUGCCUCACUUGGACUCUUGGGUCUCCUUUCGACUCUCAGUGCAGUGGGGGGGCUUGAAUUGCUCACCAUUCCUAAAAUUUUGACAACCUGCGGAGAAAAUGUCACUCUAAGAUGCGACGUAACCACAGACAGCGCUCUUGAGAUCACAGAACUUAGCUGGAAGUUGAGUAAAGAUAUUUGCACUUGGGGCCAAAGUUCAAAAGUCGCAGGUAUUGAGUGUAUGAACGCGAGCUCCACGAACAGCUACAACUAUUCCCUGACCAUCUACAACGUCCAGCCCAAACACAAGGGGACGUACCACUGCCAGCUACGCUCCAAGCAAGGGUCGGCGAAUGGCCAGACCAUCGUUCGAGUUCAAAAGUGCGUGAGUAACAGUACAGCAAACGUGACUUCGACUAACGGAACCUGCAUUUUCAACGACGUCUACCCCAAGCCCGAGAAGAUCUCAUGGAAACAGGGAAACGACGACAGCAUCGGCAACUCGGCCAUUACUAAAAUCACUGAGAACGCGGACGGAAAGUUCACAGCUAUAAGCACCAUCAAGCUACGAAAGAACCCAUCCCUCGGUCUCUAUAACUGCUCUCUGCUGGUGCCCACGGAAAAUGAGAUGAACGUAAGCAUGGUGCAGACGCUGAGAUCCAUGACGUUCGCUGGAGGAGACGGUCUCAUCGCGCACUGGGUUAGCUUGAUGCUAGCGAUGGUUUUAGGGAUAGUAAUAGUCCAAGCAUAAGACAAGAAAAAAUGUAAAGAAAAAUAAUAAAAAUACAUUAUAAAAAGUCUUUCUUUGGUGUUGCUUUGAUUCACUGCGAUUUAAAACCAGGACUUGCAAAAUAAACCAAUCAGACAAAUGUGGCUUUUUCUUUGCAAC